AUGACAGCGCUGGCUGGAGGUUUACCGAGGAUGAUGAGACCGAGUCCUCACCAGAAUUUCCCGCGGGGAGGAUACUCUCUGGAAGUCUCCACUCCGCUAGGACAGGGUCGGGUCAACCAGCUCGGCGGCGUCUUCAUAAACGGCCGACCUCUCCCCAACCACAUCCGCCAUAAGAUCGUGGAGAUGGCCCAUCACGGUGUCCGGCCGUGCGUGAUCUCCCGGCAGCUGCGGGUGUCCCACGGCUGCGUCUCCAAGAUCCUCUGCCGGUACCAGGAGACCGGCUCCAUCCGGCCGGGGGCCAUCGGAGGCAGCAAGCCAAAGCAAACCGCUGCUCCAGAGGUAGACAAGAAAAUCGAGGAGUACAAGUCAGAGAACCCGGGUAUGUUCAGCUGGGAAAUCAGGGACAAGUUACUGAAAGAUGGAAUCUGCGACAGGAACAACGUCCCCUCAGUCAGCGCCAUCAGCCGCAUCAUGCGCUCCAAGUUCGGCGGAGUCGCUGAGGACGAGGAUGACGAGGAGGUGGUGAAGAGGGAGAUGGAGGAAAACGAACCGCGCACAAAACACAGCAUCGACGGAAUUCUGGGAGACAGAUCCAGUCACUCGGACGAGGGCUCGGACGUGGACUCGGAGCCCGGGCUGCCCCUGAAGAGGAAGCAGCGCCGCAGCCGGACCACCUUCACGGCCGAGCAGCUGGAGGAGCUGGAGAGGGCCUUCGAGCGCACCCACUACCCCGACAUCUACACCCGGGAGGAGCUGGCUCAGCGGGCCAAGCUGACAGAGGCUCGAGUGCAGGUGUGGUUCAGCAACAGAAGAGCCCGGUGGAGGAAGCAAGCUGGAGCCAGUCAGCUGAUGGCGUUCAACCACCUCAUCCCCAGUGGUUUCCCUCCGUCGGCCAUGUCGGGCCUGCAGUCCUACCAGCUGUCCGACAGCCCGUACCCUCCGACUUCCAUCGCUCAAAUCUCCGAGCAGCCGAGCACAGUCCACCGACCGCAGCCGCUGCCGCCCACGUCCGUGCACCAGAGCGGCCUCAGCUCGUCAGCCGGCUCUCAGGACCCCGGCUCGGCGUACUGCCUGUCCUCCGGACGUCACGGUUUCUCGGGAUACUCGGACAGCUUCGUGACCUCGUCGGGCCACAGCAACGGCGUGAACUCCACCAUCAGCAACAGCCUCUCGCCCCAGGUGAUGGGCCUGUUGAAUCCAGGUGGAGUGCCACACCAGUCCCAGAGUGACUUUGCCCUCUCUCCGCUGACCGGAGGCCUGGAGCCCAACGGAGGCAUGGCCGCCAGCUGUCACGGCUCCCAGCGCCUGGACACUCUACCGGGCCUGACCAGCAUGCCCAGCCUUCCCAGCACCCAGUCUUACUGCACACCGUCCUACGGCUCCCCCGCCUACGCCGUGGACCACCAUCCAUCCUACCAGUACGGACAGUACAGUCAGAGCAAGGUGCCUUUCAUUAUAUGA